AUNUACAUACUCGGUGUGCCAAAGCAUGGAACAUUCAAAGCUACUGUGUUCCUUAUCCACGGGUGGCCAGACCUUUGGUAUGGUUGGCGCUACCAGAUACCAUUCCUCAUCCAGCAGAACUUGCGCGUCGUCGUUCCUGAUAUGAUGGGAUAUGGUGGAACACACUCGUAUAUUAGNAAUGCUCCACGCUCACCACCUGCUGAUUUACGCCUCUAUUCCAUCAAACGAGCAGCCGACGACAUUUUUGCGUUGGCCAAGCAACUAGGCGCCCCUAAGAUCAUCUUGGGUGGCCACGACUGGGGCGGCUUCGUGGUAUACCGGACUGCACAAUGGUUCCCAGAGCUCGUUACUCAUGUCUUCUCUGUAUGCACACCAUACACGGUUCCUUCGAAGCAUUACAUCUCGCUCGCUGAGAUGGUCAACGGUCCCUUGCCUCAAUUUGGGUACCAAUUGCAACUCGCAGGGCCUGAGCUGGAGGCCAAUAUCAAGUCUUACGAUCAGGUCAAAGGGUUUUUGAAGGCUCUAUAUGGCGGAAGAUCUGCUUCAGGCAAACCCUGCUUUCGACCAGAGACUGGUAUAGACCUUGAAGGGUUAAAGACGAUCGGUCUGGCACCCUCGCUCAACGGNGAAGAGUACAUGCGUCACGGACUACAUGGACCCUUGAAUUGGUAUCGAACACGUCGCAUAAACUUUGAAGAUGACCUGAAGCAACCGGUCUUGUUCAUCUCUGGUAAGCUUGAUGCAGUGCUGACACCGGAGAUGUCAAAAGGUAUGGAGGCAUUUAUACCAUUUCUGAGAAGGAGGGAAGUAGAAACUGGUCACUGGGCUUUGACACAAGUCCCUGAAGAAGUAAACAAGAUUGUGGAAGAGUGGUUUGUUGAGGUAGUCUUCGGCGCGAAGAGUAUCUUGUGA